AUGGAUGUAGAGUCUUUAGAUUGGAUUCUGGAAGACGUGGAGUCCCAGUAUCCAUCUGCGUUUAACGAUGAACAACUAGAGGACAAUGACAUUGACUACGAUUACAAAAAUGACGAAGACGCUCAAUCUGAUUCGUGUGCCAGCUACGAGGUUAUUACAGUGUUUGAUGAAAACCUGCAAGCACAAGUGGGCGAGCUUGUAGCCAACGAGGAGUACCACGAAGAAGAGAAUGCGACCUCACGGUUGUUACUACUGAGCGACUUGAAUGAAGACAUUGGUGACCGGUCGGCUGAAAAGCGGUACGUCGAUGCCUUAGAAGAAGCCAAGUUCAAAAUUGCCGAAGUCGAACUCGUAUGGCCGGAAGUCUUACAAAAAUGUUUGUUAAACCAGGAAAACAUUCCGGAUUUGUAUGUGAAGAACACGAAUAUGGAGAAACUUGUUCUUUUGUACGCGGAUAAUUUCAUUAAGCAGUUCGAUGCCAAGCACUCUCAUAGACGGCAACUGUUGUUGGUCCACGAAAACGAAUGCGGUUACCAGAAAUGCAUUUGCACUACCAUCAAACCGUCCAGAUUGGUCUACAGCGACUUGGACGAUCUUGACAGUUACAGCAUGUUCGUCGCCCAGCACAUAACAUACAAGCCGUUAGACAAUCCCGUCGUGGUGCCAAAACAAAUGAUAUCGCCGGCUAUGGUGUUGGAAAUACAAACGGGCAACUGCUUCGAAAUGGCCACGCUGUUGGCUUCGUUCUUGAUAGGCCGCGGGUACAACGCUUUUGUCGUGCAAGGUUAUGCCGAACAAGAAGAUCUCCACGAAGCUAAUAUUGCACAACUUGAAGAUGUGGACGAGGAAUACUCAGUAGACCCUCCAAUCGAUCUUUGCAGCGAAUACGUGACAACAUUGAUAGAAGAAGAAAGAAAAGCAUAUAACGUCGUUCAAGAAACAAAAGAGGAAAAUGAAAUGCACGUUUACGAUCCGUUACACGGGCGACGUGUACACUGUUGGGUAAUGAUUUUGCCGUUGAAAAUCAAAGACCAUUAUGUUAGCAGAGACACUUUCUUCAUCGAACCCAGCACGGGAGAACGCUUGGACGAGCCCACGCAUCUACGACGGCUACCGCUUAAGCAAGACAACACAAAUGAUGUUUACACGCAUUUGUUCAUGCCUAGCUCGUGGGUAAACAUUUUACAAGUCCCAAGACACAGAUACCUAAUGAAGUACCCGGCCGGUAAGAAAGUUGUCAUGUACUCAAACGCCAUCAAAGAAUGUUACGCUGACUAUGUGAUGCCAGAUGGACUGGUAAAAAGGACGACGUACUACGAGAAACAAGAUCGUGCAAAUAAAACGUUUGUCAAAGAAGUGUACAAACACAGAAUAGACCGGCUGGUACGAAUCGACAUAACGUAUACCACUGAAGAAACCGAGAACGUGGAGUACUUCAGUAGCGGCCGAGAGGAUUGCUUGAAAACACACAGAUUCUACUCCAACACGAUCAAUGUUGAAGAUAAACGUGUCAUUAGCUUUUAUGACACGACAAGGUUAGAUUCGUUGAUCGAGAUUCACAUGGACCCGCUGUUGGUUAUAGCGAGGUUUAAGGGCAGGUCAGUAUUGAGCAAAUCGGUUCCCGUUAUUGUAGGCACUGAUUGA